GCAUCUUUUUCCCUUAAUACCCCACUUAUUUUAAGACAUCAGAACAAGUUACUGGAACCUGUUGCCAUCAAUGUGCCACUACUUUUCAGAAAACUCAUUAUUAUAGUUGAUGGGUUUGUUGGAAAUUAAAAUCUUUGUAAGUAAUUUGUUAUAACUCAAAAGUGUUUAAAGUUUUGUUACAAACGUACAUUGUACAUGUAUGCACGGACACCCAGUGCAUUAACAAAAAAGCAAAACUCUUUCCUAAAUUCAAAACAGCAGUUCAGUGUGAAUUUACAUUAACUUAUCAUAUCUGACCUAGCUACAUGUAGCUUCUGUAGGACUAUAUGCGUGUGUACACAAAUCACCACAGGAUCUUAUUAACUUAUUAAUAUCCAGGAUUUUUAUGUCUCCAGCAGAAUCGUUUUUAAUGUUUGGAAAAGUGGACGCCACCCCCCGUAGCCCAAAAUGGUCCAGCCUUUGCUUGUCCAGACACCCCCCCCGGGUUUAUCAGUCAUUCUGAGGCGCUGAUAUUCAUAUCUGACUGCACGCCGUUCAAUUUUGGUCCUCGCGGGUCAGAACGGGAAUGAUUUAUUUUCUCACCCCUGGGGUCGCAGAAAUUUGCAGUAGUCGCGUCAUUUGCCUAGGUGUCCUCAAAGGUUACCAAAAAAUUGAGGGCAAACUGUGAGCCAACCAGAUAUGGGGGACGGAUUCCAAUAUCCACAGGGUGGAACGGACGAAAAGGCCAAUGUUCAGAUCUGGCCGUCAAAGUUUGUCGGCAGCCCAGAUGUCGACAUGAACACACCACCCCUCUGCGCAAUCUGUGGCGACCGGGCCACGGGUAAGCACUACGGCGCGGCCAGUUGUGACGGCUGCAAGGGCUUCUUCCGCCGCAGCGUGCGCAAGAACCACCAGUACACCUGCCGCUUCAGCCGCAACUGCGUGGUGGACAAGGACAAGCGCAACCAGUGCCGCUACUGUCGGCUGAAGAAGUGCUUCCGAGCCGGCAUGAAGAAAGAAGCCGUACAGAAUGAACGAGACAGGAUAAGCACGCGAAGGCCCAGCUACGAAGACAGCCUCAAUACGACGUCAUUGUCAAUAGCACAGCUGGUCAAUGCAGAAAUAUUAUCCAGACAGAUUUCUCCACAGAUGACUCUCUCAGACACCAACCUAGCGACCAAGAAGAUAGCCAACAUGAAUGACAUCUGUGAGACGAUGAAGCAACAGCUCCUGAUCCUUGUGGAGUGGGCGAAAUACAUCCCCAGCUUCUGUGAGCUUCCAUUAGAUGACCAGGUUGCCCUCCUGCGAGCCCACGCUGGCGAACACCUGGUCCUGGGUGCUGCCCAGCGCUCCCUCCCGUUCAAGGACUACCUCAUCAUGGGCCCCGACACCAUCUUGCCCCGCCACUGCCCUGACCAGAUGGACAUCAACCGGGUGGCCAGUCGGGUCCUGGACGAGCUGGUCAAGCCCAUGCGGGACGUCGGGCUGGAUGAACAGGAGUUUGCCUGCAUGAAGGCCAUUGUCUUCUUUGACCCUGAUGCCAAGGGGCUGAGUGACUCUAACAAGAUCAAGGCGCUGCGCUACCAGGUGCAGAUCCACUUGGAGGACUACAUCAAUGACCGCCAGUAUGACUCCCGAGGCCGAUUUGGAGAGAUCCUGCUCCUCCUGCCCCCUCUGCAGAGCAUCACCUGGCAGAUGAUCGAGCAGAUCCAGUUUGCUCGGCUGUUCGGGGUGGCCAAGGUGGACAACCUUCUUCAGGAGAUGCUGCUGGGAGGUGCCAGCAAUGACCCCGCCCAACAGCAAACGCCCAUUGGCCCCCACGGCACCCACCUGCCACCAGGCACCGAGCACUUGGCCAACGGCCACACCAGCCACCCGGGCACGCCCAACUCCCUAUCAGCUGCAGUGGCGGGAGCGGCGGCGGCUGUUUCCACCCCCCACUUGGACAACUACAAGCUGAGCGUCAACAGUCCUGGCGCAGCAGCAGCUGGGACAGCCCAGGUCAGCCAGGCCGCUCCGCAAGCCCCCGCCCCGGUAUCGGUGCCCAUACACCUACCGAAGCAGGAGACCGUCUAGGAGUUUGAAAACUCUUGCAUCAUCCCCAACUCCUUAGAUACUGUUUGCCUUCCAGAAUCCUCCGCAAUCUGACACUGUGCAGAAAACCCAAGCAUGCGUACGUUCUUUGUGCUCAGAAUUAAAGUUGGUAUCAAGAGGUAUAUUUGUAUAGAUGAUUUAUAAGGAACCUUCACUGGAAUUCCUGAUCUCCCCUUUGUGGAAAGUAUUUCGUUGAGUCUUGUGUAGAGUGUCUUGUUAUGAACAUUGGUUUUUACAAUGAUCAUUACAAUGCUUACCACUAUUGGCGGGGACCAUUGCAAAUGACAAGCAAUAGCAUUGCCACUGUCAUCAGAUUCUUCUAUAAUCCAUCACUAGUCCUCAGGUCUUCCUGCAAGUUCCAUCGCAGGUCAUCAAGCCCCAAGCCAGGUCACAAGCUCUUUGCCUAGGCUAGUAGCACCCCCUCACCAGCUGAUAGCAGACAGGUUGGGGGGAAUCAUUUCAUCUGAGUGCCCGGUGCAUGCCCCAAAAGAUCAUACCAUCAUAAUACUUAUAGAAAUUGGUUGCGCAUGCUUCACGCAUCCCACACAAAAUGCACACAUGCCUGUGCGAGUGCACUUUGAGAUUCCAGGUGAUCGUCUUUGUGUAAAACUCAUCAUCUUCUUGUCCCACUUGGAGCAGCUUCAGUGAGCUGACAGAAGCGUUCCUUUGUCAUUAUUCCACAAGUAACUGGCUUGUGACUUGGCUUGUGACUAGACUUGUGAUGCCUCAACAAUGGCCCUGGCAUCAAGCCCACAUAAAUUACAGUGGCCUGACUUGAUUACUGCUUGUUGCACAGUCCUCCAAAACAACCCGGUGGAUUUUGAAGGAUUUUUGAAAGUUGAGGUUAAAACAGUGACUGCUUUGGAUGGGACUGACUGAUCAGAGCAGGAGCCAUUAACGAGAUGGUAUACAGCGUCACGCAUGCCACUCACAGAUGCAUACUCCAGGCGGACAUGCAUUCUUGCAAGUUUAUACAUGACCCUUGGUCAGAAUGGCACAAGUAACAUGUGCAAGCACGUGUUGUUCCAAUCAGUAAUGACUUCUGACUCUUGACACCAGUGUAGUCUGUCAUAAAACUAGCCUCCCUUUGUGACUUACAAUGCAGUAUCUUUUCUUUUGAGGUAAAACUGAAGGAAUACAGAAGAGCAGAUCCCCAGACACGAGCAUAUUACUGAACCACAAAUUGAAGCAGUCAGCUUUUGUUAAAUUACAUUUCUCCCAUAGAUUUUGGGGGGUUUGGGCAAAAAAGGGCAUCACACAGAUUUCAUCAUCCUUUCUGUUUUUAGUGUUCAUUGCGUAGACCUUUUCCCCAUUACUAAAACUGACAAAAUCAACUGGCAGUUACUAUCCAUGUGCAUGUUCAUAUGCGCAGUGUUCUUCAAAACAGAGCCAGACAAUCAGCACAAAAUUCAAUUCAGCGCAAAAUUACCAUUUAUAUAAAUGGAGUUAUUAUUAGUAAUAAUAUGUAAAAGCCUAAAGAAACACAGGACCAAAACAGAAUGCAUACAUUCCCUAUAAAUGAGCCAAUGCAACUGUGCUCACAAGAUGUAAUUCACAACACAGUAUGACACCAAGAAUUUGCCUGAAAUCAAAGACGCCAUUUUUCCACUUUGUGGUUGUUUCCUACAGCGCAUUAUUUUGCACUUCUUAUCUGUCAACAUCUUUUGCAACAUAUCACACAAAGGAAUGCAUGUGAGAGCCAUGUAAAUGAACGUACCAUUAUCCACAAACAAAAACUGUAACUAAAAAAGGUGCACCUACCUCCUACGGAGUGACAGUGUUGUAUUUAAGUCCAUCACAAGUCCAUCCCAAGUCAUUCAGUCUUAAGCCAAUUCACAAACUAUUCA